AUGUCGAAUGAGAUCCACAACCCGCCAGUUGAUUACACGGAUCUUAGCCUGCGCGUCCAAGAACAGAUUCGGCGCAAAUUUCUUCCACUGUGCACCGAGGAUGAGAAGCAGCAAGUUCAAACAACCUUGAUACCAAUGGUCCAAUUCGCACCAUCUACAGUGUCAAGCCCGAGCCGGCACGUCCUGGUCACCGCAAAAAUACCGGACCAGUGUCAGCUGCUUCGCUGGGCCGUGGCAUGCUUUAUAUACGGCAUGGAUAAGAUUGAAGCCGCAAAGAAGAAUGGCGAGUAUGUAAAAGCAAAUCGAGAGCAGCUCGCAAGGUUCCAGCUUGGCAAAGGUCCCUGCAUUCCGCUACCGAAGCCGCCGCUGCGUUCAAGCACGACGGGCCAGAAACGCAGAGCGUCUCAAACCCAAUCCGGAGAUGCCGAUGAUGACGAUGAGGAUGACGAUGACGGCCAACGGCGCGUCAAGUCCAAGACUUCCCUAUCGCAGUCCGACAUGCUCGAUAGCGAGAUCAAGAGGAAAGUGCGCGAAGCCGCCAACGAAAGUAGGCGGAUGGAGCUCAGGAACGCCAAUGGCAACCGCGAGGAGGAUUUGAUUAAUCGAGAGGCCGCUCUGAUACAACGCGAAGCUGACCUUGAAAAAAAAGAGAUUGAGCUGACCUAUCUCGAAAGCGACGUCCAAAGCCGUGAGGUUGCCUUGGAUAUUCGCGAGGCCAGUGUGGUACAACGCGAAGCCGAUCUUGAACGGACACUCAGUACUAGCCAGACUCCCAGCGACAGCCGCUCUGUCGAUUUGGGGCACAGCGAGUCCGCAAUGAAUCAUCGUUUAGAGGCACUCAAGACCAAAGAGACCGAGCUAAACAAUCGUGUUGUUUUUCUGGACAUGCGAAAGACCGAGCUAGAUAAUCUCGAAGCCACCAUGGAUACUAGAGCCACUAAGUUGAACAACCGUGAGGCUGUCUUGAAGACAAGAAGCACCGAGCUAAAUGAUCUCGAAGCCGCCAUGAAUACCAGAGCCACUGAUAUGAACAACCGUGAGGCUGUCUUGAAGACAAGAAGCACCGAGCUAAAUGAUCAUGAAGCCGCCAUGAAUACCAGAGUCACUGAUAUGAACAACCGUGAGGCUGUCUUGAAGACAAGAAACACAGAGCUAAACAAACUUGAAGCCGCCAUGAAAACCAGAAACAUCGAACUAGAUAAUCUUGAAGCAGCCAUUGACACCAGAAACACCGAGCUGAACAAUCGUGAGGCGGCUAUAGACAUCAGGGAUGUCAAACUUAAGAACCGUGACACUGUUCUUGGUAGCUACAAAAUCGACCUAGGCCACUGCGAAGUUGUCACUAACAGCCUCCCGGCCGACUUGGCCAGUUGUGAGACCGCCCUGGACAGCUACCAGACCGGUGAGGAUGAUGGCGAAGCCAGACUCAGAAAUCGGGAGACGGAUCUCGACAAUCUCGAAGCCGAUCUAGAUAGUAAAGAGGCUCACCCAACUAAGCAAGAGAGCGAUGCCGAUGAUUGCAUGCCUACAUCGGGUAUCAGAGCGUCGCAGCCUGAUAGCGCCACACCUCCGGCUCAGACCGCCCCUCGCUUCGACGACAAGUACAUUGAGGAAUACCGAAAGUGCUACAACCGAGCGAUCCUGGACAUUAUGUACCUCCGCAGCCUGGGUGACACGGAAAGGAGAAUGGUUCAGGAUGAACAGUUUCGCGAUGCACUGAUGGAGGAAGUCAAGAAGACGACGGGAAGUCUCACCGAUGCUACCGAUAGUGCGUGGAAGAUUUUUGAAUACUUGGCUCGGAGUUAA